UUUGGUCUAUUUUACAGCAUCUUAAUAGCUGUUCUCUGCUGAAACACCUGUUUCCUCUGAACUAAUGAGCAGAGACCCGCCUUUAAAGCUUGUUUUAUUUUAUUCACUGUGAAGAAAUUCAAAUUGUUUUCUUAAUGCUGCAUACUAAGAUUGGAGUAUGAGAGAGAGCUUCCUGAAAUCGAUCCUUUAUAGACAAUAUAAACGCAUAUUAACAGGAUGAAUUAGCAGCAGGUGAGACUGAAAAUGUGUGUGUUUUCAUUUCAGAUCCAACAGAAAAUCUGUUGAAGGAAAGCAAAGGAACAACCUGGGGACCAAUAAACACAGGAGUACAGAAAGGCAGUGGGCAGAUCCAGCUGUGGCAGUUCCUGCUGGAGCUCCUCUCCGACAGCACCAACAUGUCGUGCAUCGCCUGGGAGGGCACCAACGGCGAGUUCAAGCUCAUCGACCCGGACGAGGUGGCCCGGCGCUGGGGGGAGCGCAAAAGCAAACCCAACAUGAACUACGACAAGCUGAGCCGGGCGCUACGCUACUACUACGACAAGAACAUCAUGACCAAAGUCCACGGCAAGCGCUACGCCUACAAGUUUGAUUUCCACGGCUUGGCGCAGGUGUGCCAGCCGUCCACCACGGAGCAGGCCAUCUACAAGUUUCAGGGUAACUUCUCACCGAUUCCCUUCUCCGGAAUCUCCAAACUGAACCUCGUGGCUCCCGGCGUGGGCCCGUCGGGUUUCUCCUACUGGCCCGGUUCCCCUCCGGCGGCUCUCUACCACAGCCACAACCUCCAGCCUCCGGGGCCCUUUGGCACCGUGUCUCCGUCCCACAUCAGCUGCGUCAACAACAUUAACAGUCUGAGUAACAUCAAUAGCCAUUACAACUGACUCUUAACGCGCAUUUAAUUGGAAAAAUAUAGACCCCAACCACAGGUAAUACAGCAACGAACGGCGAGAGGCGAGAUAGAGCGCCGAAAUGUCGGGUUUGGUAACUUGCAGGUGCAAAUACUGGAUUAAUUUGGUUAAAGAUGAAUGUUUUUAGACACAAUACACUAACCGAUUGUUUCAACAGCAAUAUUUAAACGUGUAAUUAUGGACCUGUAGUCAUGUAGCUGCUGCUGAGACGACGGUUGUAUGUAAGAAAGACGUCUAAAAACGUGUACUUAUAGUAAUUUAGCCCUGUUCACCUUCAAACCAACACAUCCUCUCACGAGCAAAGCAUCCAACCACCAGGAGCCACCUAUCAAAUUACGCACCACGUUCUGAACUUUUACGCGCGGUGUUUGAAUAAUUAUAGAAUUGUGGAUUUUAACCCAUAAUGACCCAAAAUAUGAAAUGCACUCAUUUCAACGUCAAUCUCUGAAAAUAAGUCGGAAAUCAUUAGACGUUUGCUUCGGGAAAUUAAUACUUUAUAGAACAAUAUUUUAGAAAAAAAGGGUGAUGAAAUACAGAUUAUCUCUUUCGUACCCUUAAUAUUUAAUAUUCAUUUAAUAUAUAUAUAUAUAUUUUAUCAUUUUCUGUUCCUUUGCUGUCUCUCAUAUUCCUCUCAUGAGCUCUGUGAUUGUUUUUACACUCAGGAGGGUUUAAUUCCACCUAUGUGGGACCAGAUCGCUCGUUAUUAUUGGGCUAUUGGCGCCACCUCGUGGUGUGGAAACGACGCCUUCAUGAUUUUCCUUUCAGUAAAUAUCACCGCUUGAAAAUACCUGAAAUAUAUUGUCACCUAGAAAUCAGAUGACGCGUAACCACGGCCUCAAAAGGAUAUCAAAUGUGACCCACUUAACGCAAUAACAAAAGAGCCAGUACAGAGGUGCAGGGUUGUGAUUUGUGUGACGUGAAUAGUAACAGAAACUGUGAACUACUCUGUAAAUACUGUAGACACACGCUCAGGCUAUCGCUGCUUUUUAGUGAUUUUAGAUUGAAUUACAUUGCAUUCAUUCGCACAGCUUCACACUGUAGCUGAAACGACUGUACCAAUGA